AUGGCCACAAGUUUAAAUACAUCCAUUACGCUUAAGGUACGUUAAAUAGUUUUCGUCGCAUCACGUCCGAAUUAUGGAUUUAAUCCUAAAUCAUUUUGGACCAUGUAUAAAAUGGGCUUUUUGACCGUUGUAUUAUCAUAGGUUUUGAUGCAAAUGCUCUGCUUUGUAUUUUUAUUUCUUGACACAGGUUUUGUGUCUACUUUUGCUCCAUUCUGGAGAUUCAUCUAGCCAGGCCACAAUGUCAUUAUCAGGUAAAUUGAAGAUGUCUUCCCAAAUCAUCCGCCUUUUUCUCAUAUUAAAGGUCCAUUCCUUUAACUGUGUAAAAAAUAUUUGCCGCAAAACCUUAGCACACACCUUUUAAAUUUUAAAAAAAAAACAUAAGUAAAAUGCUAUCACGAGAUUCUACGAAGCCUCAGCAACAACUUUCCCCUUCGGGGCAGCUUACACAGUCUGACAAAAGAUCUUGAGUGCCAUGUAAAUAUUCGUUCAGUUUUUUUAAUUGAAAACGUUCUUGUUAGAAAUCCCCUAGGCUUCUUUCUCAGUCUUGCAAUGUUUUGAAAUAAACGUUCUCUCUAUUUAAAACUGACUGUUGCAGGGGAUUCGAAUUCGGUUUUCUUGUAUAUCCUGACUAUAGUUUCUUUUGAAGGGAACUGUUUGAGCUGAACAGGUGCAGAAAAGCGUUAUCUCGGCUAGUAUUUCCAGAAAUUAACAGUCGCUGUUUAAAAACACGCAAACAGAUAAGAAGUCAAAGUCAUGCACUCGAGCUAAUUUUAGAGGAUGUUUACGCUAGGAAAAAAUACGCGUGUAGACCUUUUUGAUGGCCUGUAGUUUAGUACCAAAUUUUUAUUCACCAGAUGUAGAGGGACUUUAAAUAAUUUUUUUAAAUAGUAAAUUCUAAUAUUGAUCAUAACAAUUUUCCCUUUCGACUCUGUUUGCUAUUUAAUUUUGAAAUUCAUUUCCUCGCAUAAUUCAUUUGCAAAUAUAUAAAGCAAGCCUAAUUCCAGGCGGGUGGUACAGGUUUAAUUUUUUCCAUUUCCAGACCGGAGAACUAAAUGCGGACAGUGUGAAAGUGUGAGCGCGUGUUAUAUACAAAUCCUUUUUUUUAUAUAUAAAACCAGAUUUAAGGAUUUGUCUCUCUUGUUUCUUUGCAUUCGAGAAUUUCAUGAUUAUUAAAAGUGAUAUUAAGAGAGGGUUUCUUUUGUUGAGUUCAAUGUUUCAUGCCAAACAUGUCAGCUUCAAUGCUUUUUUUUUUAUCGUGGUUAAGAUUUCCUUUGCCAGAUUGUGUUUUUACUCGACAAUGUAUUUCCCUUCCUUUUAAAUUCUAGGAGGUGGCUUUUCGUGCAAAAAUAGUAAAGGCCUAUUCAAUUAAAUUGAAGUCUACCCUUAUAUUUGAACUAAAAACAUCAUAUUUGGUAAACAUUAGCCAAAUGCCUAGUGAUUAAGUGUCACGGACAAACGAAACUUGCCGACUCACUACUAAACUGACGUAAAUGUCCGACAAACGUCAAGUAAGAUUUUAUGUUUCAUAUGGUGCAUUCUCCUGCAAUAUGAAAUAUGACAUACGGUGUUGUUUGUCUUCUUGUUUCCAUUUGACUUCGUAUUCAAACUUUUCCAGUCUUUUUAAUUACAUUCUCACUCCAUGAGGGAGAGAAAAAUCUCUCGAUAGAAAAGGAGGAAAAACGUUUCCCCCCUUAUAUUUUUAGUAAAGAAAAAAACUUUUCUUAAGAAGUUUUCCGUUAUAAAAUGAAAACGAUCGGCUACAAAAAAAUGUCAGACUGGUAAAAGACUUGUUUAUCUUUGUUUGGUUCAAAUAUUUAUCAUCGUAAUCGUAUGGGAAGGAAUAACUCAAGCUUCAAAUUUAAAGGAAAACGGUUGCAUUAAUUUUUAAAAGCUUUUUGCUAAUUACCCAUGACCACAAAACAAAACCAGCUUACAACAGAAAAUAACGUAGUGGUAUCCAUCUUGUAUGAAAAUAGAAGGCCUGAAUUGACUUUUUAUUGUUCAAUGAUUGUAUAGCGAGUUUUGUAAGUCUCCUAUCGACCUCCACGCCGCCGAAUCUUACCUAAUCUCCCCGGGCCAUAAUCAGAGCCGAAUUGUUUUGUUUUGUUUUGUGUUUCUUUUUGCACAUGUUCUAAGUAGUUAACCCUUUAAGCCCCAAUAUCCACAAACAAAUUCUCCAAACUGGUCUCUUUACAUUUCCUUAAGGAAUAAGUUGAGAGAAUUUGGUAGGAGAUCAAAGCAUUUUCUCUUAGGUGAUCAUUUUAUUAACUCUCAUAACCAUUUCUCUUGGUAACAUAUGGAUAUUGUUAGGAGAAAUUGAUGUUGGUCACUAUCGGGACUUUAAGGGUUAUUCGGGUAAUGGUAAACUGAUGGUAAGUCUCAUGAUUUAUCCACAUUUUUUAGCUGGGAAUAGCAAUAUUCAGCCGUCUCCAACAGUGAGUGCAAGUAACUCGCUCAAUGGAACAGUUGCAGCGAUCACUAGUAGCUCUGUAAAUGCAUCCCUCGUUCUCAGUACAUCCGGGAUAACGGAAUCACAGGCUCCAAGUCCAUCUUCGGUCACUACUACCCAGUCUUCCUCAGCUCAGGUAGUUUUAAACUGAAAUUUUCAUCCAUUACUAAAUAACAAACAGCCUCGUUAUUUCUUCUUUUUGCUGUGGCAAAUCUCGUAACCAGAUCUUUCUGGCGUCUGUGCAUGUCUAUAGGUUUUGUAAAUGUGAUCUGGGAGCUAAUCUGGGAGCCAGAUUUGGGAUAAGAGCGUGCGCAUAUAUGCAUUUCCCUAACAGAGUCUCACAGGCGCUGAGUUGUCCCCAAGCCGCUGUUUCAGAGCGAGGCGAAGUGCGAAGCCAUUCAUAAAAAGAUGAUUUUUUAAUUCUCAUUUAGUAAAAUUCAUUUUCAAAAGAAAGGUUUUGUACUUAACCUCGUUUUUAAAGUGAGAGUUUUUGGAACUUGUCUAUUAUAUAAAGGAUCACACUCUUUUGUUGGAUAGUAACAGACGCUUAUCUUUAGACAGGGGCAGUUAUUUUUUGAGCGAACUUGGACGACAGUAAAUAUAAAAUCAAAUUACCGAGAUGUGCUGGCAAUCCAGCUGUUUAUAUAUCAUAUAUGUGUUUUGUAGGUAAAUCCGAUGCCUCCAGAAUGGGAUAAACAAGAAAUCGAACAAACGUUUGGAUCUCAAGUAGAAGAGGUAUUUAAUCAAUACAAUACAAUAGAUGGAACGUUUUUUUUGUGUGAUAUCAAUACAAUCUAAAUAAAGGAACGAACUGCGAACUUUCCCCAAGGGAUUUUCCGUAUUUCCCGCCCUUCCCAAUUUACCUGAGAAAAUAAAAGUCCGGGCAUGAGCUUCAGGUGUACCUGAAAUUUGAAGUCUUAAACACGCUCUUUUAGUUGAGAAUUGUAGUCAAUCGAACAAGAAUCUUUCCCGCCCACUAAGUCACGAUUGAACAAUCAUCCAAGAUGGCCGCCCGUAACGCAAAAUCUUCGAUCUCACGGAAAAAUAGGGGACUGUGAACAGUCUGGCGUAUCAGUAACUGUGAUGAUCUCUUCUAUCGACAUUUAUUUCUUUAUCCCGAAGUUCAAAUAUAUGAAAUUCAUGAUAUGUUCAUCAUUUCAAAGUAAAGUGUGACUGUUUGAUUUUCCUGAGUAACAAAGUCCAAGUUAUCAUAAAGUAUAGCAAAAGAAGCGUUGAACAAGAACUUCUAUCUUGUGCUGGAUAUUUGAAUAUGGAACGAGAAAUCCGAAAUAUCACAUCAUAAAGUGGUUACGUUUUUUCUAUUCAGCUUGGACAGGCAUUUACCAAGCCAAUCGACCCAUUCACCUCAAAACCAGUUGACGAGAAAGUUAUUGAGACGCUGGUUUCCAUAACGGAAAAGGGCGUGGCUCUCUUGUGGAAAUACAAUGAGUCAGGAAACGCAACUAUCGACUACUUCAACAUUACUGACAGUCUAGGUAAGUUACCGAGAGUGUUCAAUAAAUCCUACCCUUGUGUAAUGACUCAGUACAUAGGGGAAGGGAGAAGAGUCCAGCAAAAUGGCGCAGGUGAGCAUCGGAAGUGAGGUUUAACAUUCCACCAGGAGAUUGUGGACUCCUGAUCCCGCGAAGAAAGACAAAAAUGAGCAGAGUGGUGACCCGUCAAUACCCAGCUCUCUCCUGUCUUUAAAUUCCUAUACCAUAAUUGUAAAGAUCCAAUCCAAGACCUACCCCCUUAGUCCCGUCUCUUUUAUUUCAGUUAGAGCCUGUGUGCCUCUUUGCCUAAACAAAAUUGGGGAGGUUUCGUUUUUUUGGAAGGGGAGAAGGCGUCUGGACACAGGCUAUUUCCGUUAAGGUUUAAAGAUUCUUUGAAAUUCAUCAGGAUCAAACAAAUACGUUAUCUAACUUGCAUGUUUUUUCCUUUUAAUCCUUCUCAGUGAUUUCACUGAAGAAGUUUGACUGUGUCCAAGAGAGAGCUGCUGACAUUCCCGACCGCUCCAACAGAAGCACAAGAAAAGAUUUGCAAAAGGUCAACGACUUUGUGGAGAUGAAAUUUGAUUGCCCAUUGAUCGUGAUAAAUGGUAAGUAGAGAACUUGGACGAGAUCAUGAUCAAAAACUCUACCUCUGAUACACACUAUUAGGUUAACCUAAGGUAAUUAUUCUGUAUCCCGGAGCAACAUAGGCCGAUGUGUUUUAACUCCUGUUAUCUCUACCACAGGGUUAACUUUUAACAGAGUAUUUGAGAUGUCCCUUGUCCUUACACCAGCAAACAACUCAACUGGGUGUCGGUAAGGGGUCGUUUUGACUCGCCUCUCGCCCCACUGUUCCUCGCGUUUUUAAAUCAGCAAUUAUUAUAAUCAGGAAGUUAGUUUAUAUGGGCAUGGGUGGCUUGGGUUGGAAUUCAAUUUACCAAGAAUGCCAUUAAUUAUGGUCUGUGUACUUUUCUAAAGAGAACGAAGUUCACUCUCACAGUCGUUCGACAACGGUAAAAGCUUCCUUAUCUUGCGGUGAUUUUGUGGGCGCCCUGUUUACCCAGGUGGUACAAAUCUGUAUGAAAACAGCGUUCCGAUUCUGCUUACGACUCCGUUGCUUAAGUUCCGCUUAUGAUCUAGUGAAAACCAGAUUGUCGGAGUCGGAGUCGGAAGCAGAAGCAGAAGAACCAAACCAAUCACAAAGCGUGGGAACGUGUACUGUCAUUGGUUUAUCCUUCCGCCUCUGCUUCCGACUCCGACAAUCUGGGUAAUUCCCCUUUAUAUGGAUGAGUGCCAUUUCGCUACCAUUUUGAGUUCUUCGGAUCGUCGGACGCAGCCAUUAACAGGGUAUUAUUUAGCUUGCAGGAGCCUCUCCUCAUGCUUAAAUUAAAGCUCGAAAAGGGAUUAUUCCAUGAUUAUCUAAAUAAUUCUUCUGUGUUAAACUUCAAAGCAACUCCUCCGGAAAAUUCCCACUCAAGGAAGAGAAGGGAAGUUCAAAUUGAAGUAACCAUGGAAGUGAAUGGCGUGGAAAAUGAGGACGACUUCCACGAGUUCCAGUUACGUCAUCAUCACUCAAGGUUUAGGAGGGAUGCCGCAGAACAGUGCGGCCCACUGAAAUGUGGUAGUAAGUAUCAAACCUACGGUUUCUGGGGUGUGUGUUUGACAGAAAUAUUCCCACACUAUCUGUGGCAGUCCAUUUUGGCGCGUUUUUCAAGA